AUAAUUUCCCCAAUCGGAGGCCUCUGAAGAACAAAAAAGCCCAGCAAAGUCUCAAGUUAAUCUCAGCCGUCCGAUCAAUUCCUCUACCAUCGUCACAGAUCUUCUUCUUCGUCUCUCUCUUUCGUUUCUCAAAAAUCAAAAUCCCUUCCUCUCUCACCGAGCCGGCGAGCCCGUUCUCUCGGUGAUUUUAAAGAUGCUUGUGAUGAUGGGAAGUAAUAUAAGAAACCAAGCUUUUUUACAAUCUCAGAAAUUGUAGUAGAAUUUGGCGAUUCUAUUAACCUACGCAACAAGCUUCUUCUUCUUCGUUUUACUUGUCAUCUGUAAAUGGGUUGUUUCCAUUCCACGGCUGCGAGAGAAUUUCCUGGACACGAGAACCCUGUGAAGCUAGCUUCUGAGACUGCUUUUAGUGUUAGUGAAGUUGAAGCAUUGUAUGAAUUGUUCAAGAGCAUAAGCAGCUCGGUUGUUGACGAUGGCUUGAUAAACAAGGAAGAGUUUCAACUUGCUUUGUUCAAGAACAGAAAGAAGGAAAAUUUGUUUGCCAAUAGGAUAUUUGAUUUGUUUGAUGUUAAACGAAAAGGCGUUAUUGAUUUUGGAGACUUUGUGAGAUCACUCAAUGUUUUCCAUCCUAAUGCUUCUCUAGAGGAGAAAACAGACUUCACCUUUAGGCUUUACGACAUGGACUGCACAGGCUUCAUUGAGCGCCAAGAGGUGAAGCAAAUGCUGAUUGCACUUCUCUGCGAAUCUGAAAUGAAACUGGCUGAUGAUACAAUAGAGAUGAUACUCGAUCAGACAUUUGAGGACGCAGACGUGGAUCGGGAUGGAAAGAUUGAUAAGACAGAAUGGAGCAACUUCGUCAUCAAAAACCCAUCUUUGCUUAAAAUCAUGACUCUUCCGUAUCUCAGGGAUAUAACCACGACGUUUCCGAGUUUUGUUUUUAACUCGGAGGUGGACGAAAUUGCUACGUGAAGAAACAAGACAAACUGGUUUAUAGAGACCAAGCCGUGGGUUGGACCAAGAACAAGAAGAAGACUGAUUCCAACAAAUGUUACGUUUUAUUUCCUUGGUUUCAGUUUUAACGAAAUGGAUGAUUACUUACUUUUGGUUCUUUACUCUUUUUAACAGUUUUGAAUAUUAAGUUGUAGUUGUACGAAAAGAUUAAUACAAAAUCUCAGUUCUCAUCAAA